CGUACGUCUGGGCUCGUGAUGCAGCCAGGCUGUUCCCCGCCCUCCCUCCGUGCCGUUCCGAAUGAGACGCAUCCCUCCCUCCGCUGUUCUGAUCCUCUUAUCAACGAGUAAGCGGCCAAGAUGGAUGUUGCGAACCAGCUGGUGGCCCAAGGGCAGUUCACAAUACUUAAACAACCUCUGGGGUUCAUUAAAGUUCUACAGUGGAUCUUUGCGAUCUUCGCCUUCUCCACAUGUGGCAGCUACUCUGGCAUGCUCAAGUUUAGUGUGGAGUGUAAAAACCGAUCAGAGAGUGACCUUGGCAUAGAAGUAGAAUUUGAAUAUCCAUUCAGGCUCCAUCAGGUUUACUUUGAUGCGCCCACCUGUAAGGGAGGGAGCAAGGACCGUCUGUUCCUAGUCGGAGACUACUCCUCCUCAGCCGAGUUCUUUGUAACGAUCGGGGUCUUCUCCUUCCUCUACUCCAUGGCAGCCCUUGCUGUAUAUUGUUUCAUGUUGGAGAAGUACCGUGAAAACAACAAAGGACCCCGGAUUGAUUUGAUUGUGACGGCAGUGUUCGCCUUCAUGUGGCUGGUCUCUUCAUGCGCUUGGGCUAAAGGCCUUUCAGAUGUGAAAACAGCCACUGAUCCAGACGAGGUCAUCACUCUCAUCAAAGCCUGUGACGAACGAGAAAACCUCUGCAAAGAGCACUACGAGCCCAAAGUCUCUGGGCUCAACACCUCUGUGGCUUUUGGUUUUAUCAACCUGAUCCUAUGGGUGGGAAACCUGUGGUUCGUCUUCAAAGAGACCGGCUGGUUGGCUUUGCUUGGAGGAAAAUAUGUCCCAUCGCAAGAGAAGCAGCCCGCCCCUGAUUCCUUCGGCCAGGGAGGCUACGGACAGCAGGACCCCUACGCCGGCACCCAGGGAGGGUACCAACCCGAGUACGGUCAGCAAGGCUACAAUGAAGAUGGAGGUUACAACCAGGGCUAUGAUCAACAGCCCACCUCCUACUCUAAUCAGAUGUAAACCUUCCCAGCUAAAUAACAGCUGCAGGAUGGGUGACCUCUUAUGGAAUGAGCGUUUUUUUUGCGACCAUCACCUGCGUUUCCAAACGCCUCUGUGUGUCUGUUUGUGUAUAUGUGAGUCGGCAGGCGCAGGGAAGGAGCAUGGAGGCCACACACUAAUUAUAAGGGGUGGGGUGGGGUGGGUGGAGGGCCGAACGUGGGGCGGGGGGGCGGGCAGGUCUCAGGGUUGGGCAUGGGGUCCUCUGUUUGCUGUAACAUGAUGAUUAUUCUCGUGACGUAUUUAACUGUAAAAGACAACGAAGGAUUGUCUGUUUGGGUGUACGAGAAAAACUUGAACACAAAUACCAAAACAUUCAUUGAAGAACCUGGAAAUUUAUGAUUAAAAAAGAAAAAAAUUGUAGUAAUAUUUAACUUGAGAGAAUGUAUUUGUCUGUGCUGUGUAAAUAUCGACUUGCUGAUAUAUAAAUAUAUAUAUGAUUAUAUGUACACAGUUGAAUAAUUGUGCACUCUAUAUUAGUUGUUAUACAACAAAUGUUGAGCACAGAGUUAUUCAAUUGUAUUUAUUUUGGUUCUGUUUAGGAGCUCUCAUAGUUUAACCUUUACCAACCGGUUUUACUCCACAGUCGUUUCUUUAUUCACUCACAAUCUAAAUAUGAACAUUUGCUUUGAAUUAAAGAGACAAAAUCAGGGUAAAGUCUGCAAAUAAUGACAAAGAUGAAGAGAAGAUAUUUAUGUAUAGGACAAUGAGUAAAGAAAUAAUAACAGUAAUGUUUGUGAUGAAAGUGAGAUGUAAAUUAUUUCAGCUUUUAGGUUUCUAUAUGUUUUUGUUCCAUCUAAUAUCACUGUCACAAGUGGAUGCAUUCUGGUUGUGCACUGAAUAUUGUUAACCCUGACAUCUGCAAAUCACAAGUGCAUAAAGAGAAGAAAACUAAUGGUGGCGUCUCAUAUUUGCUGUGCCGUCUGUAUGAAAAUUGUGAAAUCCGACCGUGUAAUAAGAGUUCAUGUGUACUUGUUUAUUUGUGUGGAUUCAAGUGCUGGCAUUGAUUCUAUUUUAUGUUUGUCAAACAAAUCUCAUCCUUUCCUCGAUCGCCUUCGUUUUGAACCAGAAAGUUGUAUCGUGUGUUUUGUCACUGCAACACAAAAUAGGAAGAAAAUUAGGGUAACAUUUAAUAGAUUUUACAGAUCAUAGUCCUGCCACACACACUAUGCUUCUUCAUUUUCAUUCUUGUGUCUCCUUUUCUGAUUGGAAACCCGAUUUAGUGCAUGCAUCUGACAUUCCAGAGCAUCAAUAAUCCUGUAUUAGAGGCUGAGGCACAGGAACAAAGCAAAACUAAACAGCUAACCCCAUGUUUGGUUCAUAACAGUGAUUACUGCACACAAAGAAAAGCAGCUCUGCCAUAAUCUACUAAAAGCACAAAGUGCUGCAAUAAUUGCUUGAAUCCAGAUGUAACCACACCUGUAUGGCUGCGGCUGCCCAUCCUCCAUAUGGAUUUUCAAGAGCAUGUUUGCCAAAUGAUAGCAGAUGUGUUUUAUUGAUAUUUUGCUUCCACAGCUCUUAACAAAAGCGGCUCUAGUUCAUCUCCAGUGCAUCGUUGUUUAUUGUAAAAACGUGUUCCCCCUUUUUUUUUCCAAAUCAGGGUUGUUAGAGUUAAGCAAUCUAGAAGCUGCUUGCUUUCUCCUUUUUCCCCCUUUCUCUCUUUCUUUCUCUUCAACUGUAGCUCUUAUAAAUAUGCUGAAAUGAAAUAUAGUCUGUCGUUAGUGGUGAAUGAUGUCUUGUGAUACUCUCUAAGCCCUUGAAUAGUGCUGUGUUUUAUUGUGUACGAUGUAUUCAUAUUAGUAUUUAUGCUGAUGAUAAGUCGGGGAAAAAAAUUGUUCAAGACUCCAAAGUUCUGCCGUAUUCUUAUUAUAUGGGAUUCAUGUGAAACUAAAUGAAAUAAACUUGAAAUUAUUCUGUUGAAGAAAA